AUGUCGGCUGUCUUCCGUACUCUGGCCGCGAUGACGCGAAGUGUUGCCCAGGCCAUGGCGUUGGCUGGACUCAUGAUCCUAAUCAUUGUCAUCUAUGCAGGAUUUGUGAUCCCGGCGCCGGAGAUGCAUCCCUGGUUUUCCUGGUUGCGAUGGAUCAACCCACUCUUCUAUACCUUCGAGAGUCUCAUUUCCAAUGAGUUCCAUGGACGAAGUUUCGAGUGUUCUCAGUUUAUUCCUGGGUACCCUAGCUUGUCUGGUGAUGCAUUUAUUUGCUCUGUGCCUGGGUCCGUUGCAGGAGUAAGGACUGUGUCUGGUGAUUCCUUCAUCUACGCGCAGUACCGCUACAGCUACUCUCACGAAUGGAGGAAUCUCGGCAUCCUCAUUGGCUUCUGGAUGUUCUUUACUUGCAUCUACCUCAUUGCCACAGAGAUGAAUUCCGCCACGUCGUCCACAGCUGAGUUUCUUGUCUUUCGUCGUGGUCAUGUCCCUGCCUACAUGAAACCGACUAUUCAGGAUACAGAGAAGACUCCCACUUCCCAGACACUGGCGCUGGAGUCGCCAGCGGAGAAUGGAGAGCCCGUCGACUUGAGUACAGUUAUGCCCGAACAGCGGAGCAUCUUCACCUGGCAGGACCUCUGUUACGAUAUCCCGGUAAAAGGCGGACAGCGCCGCCUUCUCGAUCAUGUUGACGGCUGGGUUAAGCCAGGAACUCUUACGGCCUUGAUGGGCGUGUCUGGAGCCGGGAAAACCACACUGCUGGAUGUUCUUGCACAGCGGGUCUCAAUCGGGGUGGUCACUGGGGAUAUGUUGGUCAAUGGAGGGUCUCUUCCAGCAAGCUUUCAACGACAAACUGGGUACGUGCAGCAACAGGAUCUCCACCUCGCUACAUCUACUGUACGAGAGGCUCUGAGAUUCAGUGCAAUGCUACGGCAGCCCAAGAGCGUUUCCAAGGCAGAGAAGUAUGACUACGUGGAAAAAGUCAUCACAAUGUUGAAUAUGAAGGAUUUUGCGGAGGCUGUCGUCGGUACGCCAGGAGAAGGCCUCAAUGUGGAGCAGCGGAAACUCCUGACCAUUGGAGUCGAACUUGCAGCCAAACCCCAACUUCUGCAAAUUACUGACAAGGCGCGUCGCGUGGACAGCCUAUUUCUUGAUGAGCCAACAAGUGGCCUAGAUUCGCAGAGCGCAUGGUCUAUUUGCGCCUUUCUCCGUAAGCUCGCAAAUAACGGACAGGCGGUUCUUUCCACAAUUCACCAGCCAAGUGCCAUUCUAUUCCAGCAGUUUGAUCGUCUUCUCUUCCUAGCCAAAGGUGGGAAAACAGUUUACUUUGGCGAAAUCGGGGAGCAGUCCAGAACACUGCUCAGUUACUUCGAGCGAAACGGAGCAAGGAAGUGUGACCCCUCCGAGAAUCCUGCCGAAUACAUGUUGGAAAUCAUUGGCGCAGGGGCAUCUGGCCAAGCCACCAAAGACUGGCCUGUAGUUUGGAAAGAAAGCCCUGAAGCGCGCAAAGUAAAAGCCGAAUUAGGUCGCAUCCGUGCCUCGCAAUCUGUUCCCAAUGGUGGCCCUGCACCAAUUGAUAAAAUGUCGGACGAACAGGGAGAAUAUGCCAUGCCGCUCACUGCUCAGUUGUGGUGGGUCACUCACCGGGUAUUUCAGCAGUACUGGCGUGAACCUGCCUAUAUCGGGGCAAAGUUCAUGCUAGGCGUCGUUUCGGCUUUGUUCAUUGGCUUUUCCUACUUCUUGCCAGGACAAUCGAUUCAGGGGAUACAGAACCUUCUAUUCAGUUCCUUCAUGUUGACUUCAAUCUUCUCCACAUUGGUCCAACAAAUAAUGCCCAAGUUUGUCACUCAGCGCUCGUUGUAUGAGGUUCGUGAACGGCCAUCCAAAGCUUACUCAUGGGUGGCGUUCGUUGUCUCGAAUAUCGUCGUUGAGAUUCCGUACAUGACCAUUCUCGGAGUUCUGGUCUGGGCGAGUUACUACUAUCCGAUUUAUGGUGCAAAUCAGAGCUCGGAUAAGCAGGGACUAAUGCUACUAUUUGUGAUUCAAUUCUUCCUCUUCACCUCGACCUUCGCAGACCUGGUGAUCUCAUCCUUGCCGGAUGCCGAAACUGGAGGAACCGUUGCAACAUUGGCCUUUGCCUUGAUUCUAACGUUUAAUGGAGUCAUGCAGACCCCAACUGCACUCCCCGGAUUCUGGAUAUUUAUGUACCGUGUCUCGCCCCUAACCUACUUGAUCGCUGGAAUGUGCGGCAAUGCGCUGCACGGGCAGAGUGUUCAGUGUUCUAGCAGGGAGCUCAGUGUAUUUUCUCCGCCCCAAGGUCAGACAUGCGGUCAAUACCUGGCGGAUUGGUUGAGCGUAUCGCCAGGCCAACUCUCCAACCCCAAUGCCACGACGGGGUGCGAGUUCUGCGCCUUUACUAACGCAGACCAGUAUCUGUCUCUAAGCAAGAUCGAGUACAGCCAACGCUGGCGCAACUUCGGAAUUGGCUGGGCCUAUAUUGGUUUUAACAUUGCGGGGGCUGCAAUCAUCUACUAUGUUUUCCGUGUUCGCCACUACAAACCAACGUUGCUUCCGCGAGUAGUGACUGGCUGCGGAAAAGUCUUGCAUAGACUGUUUAGAAGAAGAUCCGGAAGCGUUCCGGAAGAGAAGAAGGCCGAGAACAGCCGCGUUCUUUGA